AUGGGUAAAAAUAUUUUGGUUUUCUCUACCGUUGUUGUUUUUCUUCUCUCAAUAGCAUCUGCAGUUCCUGGAAUCGCAACUUUCUACCAAAGCUACACUCCAUCGGCAUGUUACGGAGGUACGCCAGAAGGAGUGAUGAUAGCUGCAGCGAGUGAUACGCUAUGGGACAAUGGUAAAGUUUGUGGCAAGUAUUUCACCGUGAAAUGCACCGGAGCUCGUAACCCCGUCCCUCAUCCUUGCACCGGAAAAUCUGUAAGGGUCAAGAUCGUUGACCAUUGUCCAGCUGGCUGCGCUUCUACCAUCGAUCUCUCCCGUGAAGCUUUUGCUCAGAUCGCUAAUCCUGUUGCUGGAAUCAUUAACAUUGAUUAUUUUCAGUAA